GCGGGGCCUGCGCUUGCGGCUUCCUCGGGUUGGGUGGUCUGUUGCGGACGGAGGUGCCCGGACGCGCGCCCGCACUUCCGUUCUCGGCCGACUGUAGAGUCGAGGCAUGGAGGCGGAGGCUGGCUAGCGGCCGGCGGGAGGCCGAGACGGAAAUGUUCUUUUGGGGGCCAGAGUCUGGGUAUAUAUAAAUGCAGAUCCUCACCCAUUCUCAAAUAAACCCAGGAAUCUCGACUGAGAGGAUCACUUCUCUGUAGGCCAUUACCCCAGGUACAGAAUGAGCACAUGUUGUUGGUGUACGCCAGGUGGUAUUUCCACCAUUGACUUCCUGCAACGCUAUGCAUCCGAGACCCACUCCAGUGAAUUUCGAACAGCUGAUGAAGACCUCUGCUACUGCUUAGAGUGUGUGGCUGAAUACCACAAAGCAAGGGACGAAUUGCCAUUCUUACAUAAGGUUUUAUGGGAAUUAGAAACCUCACGUCUCAUAAAUCACUUUGAAAAGGCCAUGAAAGCAGAAAUUGGAGAUGAUGACGAGUUAUAUAUAAUAGACAGCAAUGGAGAGGCACAGCUGUUUGACUUUACUGGCCAAGACUUUGAAAAUAAGCUUCGAGUUCCUCUUCUUGAAAUACUGAAAUAUCCUUAUUUGCUUUUACAUGAACGUGUUAAUGAAUUAUGCGUUGAAGCACUUUGCCGGAUGGAACAAGCUAAUUGCUCCUUUCAGGUUUUUGACAAACAUCCAGGGAUAUAUUUGUUUUUGGUCCAUCCCAAUGAAAUGGUUCGGCGUUGGGCUAUCCUGACCGCAAGAAACUUGGGAAAAGUAGACAGAGAUGAUUAUUAUGACUUACAGGAGGUUUUGACUUGCCUUUUUAAAGUUAUUGAGUUGGGGCUUUUAGAAAGUCCAGACAUUUAUACUUCUUCUGUCCUUGAGAAGGGUAAACUGAUUCUUCUGCCUUCACACAUGUAUGAUACUGCCAACUACAAAAACUAUUGGUUAGGUAUUUGCAUGUUGCUGACCAUUCUUGAGGAGCAAGCCAUGGAUUCACUGUUGUUGGGCUCAAACAAACAGAAUGAUUUUAUGCAAUCAAUACUUCACACCAUGGAGAGGCAAUCAGAUGAUGAUAGUGUGGAUCCUUUCUGGCCAGCGUUACACUGUUUCAUGGUGAUUCUGGAUCGCCUUGGAUCUAAGGUCUGGGGUCAACUUAUUGAUCCUAUUGAGGCAUUUCAAACCAUUAUCAACAACGUGAGCUACAAUAAAGAGAUCCAGAAUAUACGGAACAGCUCUGUGAGGAGCAAGUUAGAAGCGCAGUCGUAUUUGGAUGAUACGGUGACUUGCAGCCAGAUUGUAUACAAUUAUAACCCUGAAAAGACCAAAAAGGAUUCAGGGUGGAGAUCAGCCAUUUGCCCAGAUUAUUGUCCUAACAUGUAUGAAGAAAUGGAAACAUUAGCUAAUGUGCUUCAGUCAGAUAUCGGUCAAGACAUGCGUGUUCAUAACAGCACGUUUCUGUGGUUCAUCCCUUUUGUGCAGUCCCUCAUGGAUCUUAAGGAUCUGGGUGUGGCUUAUAUAGUGGAGGUUAUUCAUCAUCUGCAUUCUGAAGUCAAAGACAUCCUCAACCAGACAGACGCCGUGUGUGACACAGUCACUGAGUUUUUCCUUCUCAUUUUGGUGUCAGUGAUUGAACUUCAUAGAAAUAAAAAGUGUUUGCAUUUGCUGUGGGUUAGUUCCCAGCAGUGGGUGGAAGCCGUCGUAAAAUGUGCCAAGCUUCCCACCACCGCGUUUGCACGGAGUUCUGAGAAGUCGUCUGGAAACUGCGCCAAAGGCACAACAAUGAUAACAUCUCUGUCAUUGCAUUCAGUGCCAUCUAACUCUGUACAACUUGCUUGUGUGCAGCUGAUCAGAAGUCUCCUUAAAGAAGGCUAUCAGCUUGGGCAGCAGACUCUUUGUAAGCGAUUCUGGGAUAAGCUCAACUUAUUCCUGCGAGGAAAUUUAUCUUUAGGUUGGCAGUUGACUAGUCAGGAAACCCAUGAGUUACAAACUUGUUUAAAGCAAAUUAUUAGAAACACAAAAUUCAAAGUACCUCAAUGUAGCACUUCUGUGGAUCUGACUCCUCCUGCAUCUUAUAAUAAAGAAGAAAGUGAACAAACAGGGAAGAAGUCUAAAAAAGACAGACACUGUCUGGAAAACUCCAGCCCAACAUUCUCUAAAGAACCAAUGAAAGCUGAUGCAUGUCAAGUGCAAGAGAGUAUUUUCAGCAAAGCAAAUAAUGCCAUAGAAGAGGAUAAUGAGCAAACUUAUAUAAAAGAUUUGAAACUCGAAGACCAUUUCUCAGCUGAGUUGUGCUUGAAGCCGAGUAGUAAAAGGCUUGUUAAUGAAAGAGCUCGAGGCCAAGUUAAAAUAAGUACAGGGAAGCAUAAGUCUGUAAAAGAGAAUUCCUCAUAUACCCCACAGAAUUGUACUUCAAGAAAUGGUCCAGAAAAGGUAUUUGACAGAGGAAUAAUAACAUCAACACGUCUGUGGACUGAUUCUAGCAGUGACUCUCUGGAAAAGGUGUCCACAUCCAAUGAGGAUUUCUCUUUAAAGGAUGAUGCUCUUGGCAAAACCUCAAAAGCAAAAACUAAGGCACAUAAAGAUGAAAUCUGUGCUAAGUUAUCACAUGUAAUAAAAAAGCAGCACAGGAAAAGUAUCACUUUAGAGGAAAACCUGACUGUAUCUAGCAUCGAAAGUUUCUAUUCAAAGAAAGAUACAGGAGGUCAGAAAGGAUAUGGCUUCAUACACAAUCCUUCUUUAGGCCCUAAUGGUAUUCUGGAUGAUAAAAAUGGAGAACAAAAAUCUGAAAACAGUUUAUUGCUGAAAAAGAAACAAGUAAAGGAAGAAGAGUUAGGCAUUUUCUCUACCCCUGAAAUCAGUUGUCAAAUACUGGAAUGUCAUGUUGAUAAUAAAGAUUUGGUCUCAUUUACAGAAAUGACCAAUAUUUUUGUGGAGAAAACACCUCCCUUUAAAGAUCCUGUGACUGGACUUGAAUCAAGAGAUACGGAAAUUAGCAAGAGUACCGUUCAGUUUUCUUCUAAUUUAAGAGAACAGGCCCUUAGCAUCAGUCAUAAUUCUGACACCUUAACAGAUUCUCAGAUAGACAGAGACCUCCACGAAUUAUCUUUAAUAGCUCAAGCCAGUGUUACUAAGUUCCCAUCAGAUUCAACUAAAAAAAAAAGUCUAUCCCAGCUACAAAGAAAAGUUAAAGAUGAUAGAAGACGUUUCACAGCCAACAAAAAUAGUGUCAGGGAAACCUGCUGUGGACAGGUAAUUAUUAUUUCAGAUUCUGAUGAAGAUGAUGAAAAUGAUGAUGAAAGAAUUGUGGGUUUUAAGAAACACAUUAGACAGGGUAAAACAUGCAUUGAGAAAGACUGUCCAGAGCAGCAUACUUCAAUAGCUAACACAAAUGUGGAACAGAAGGUAAAAGAAGAAAAUACAAGGUCCCUUUUGCAGUUUGAGGAAUCUGAUUCUCAGUUUUUUGAGUUUGAAAGUCCAUGUGAAGUGUUUUCAGUUUGGCAAGAUCAGAAACCAGACAACAAGAAUUCAGUUCAAGAGAAUGAAGAAAAUUCGUGCUUGACUCAUAUCACAAAUGAUGGGGGUUAUGAUACAGAUUAUGUACCUGAAGAGGUCAUUAAAAAAGCAGCAGAGGGCAUUGAGGAACACGCAGAACCACACAGUAGUAGUAUUUCUGUUGAGAAAUUUUGUGAAAUUGAAGUGAAGAAACCCAAGAGAAAACGAUACAAGAAAGCUGCUAUGGCUGAAGAUCCUGUAAGGCCUUCAUCUCCUGUCAAAAGUGAGGACCAGUCUGAUAUUCUUAAUGAGAGAGAUGUGACUGAAAAUGAUUUUAAAAGUAUAGACAUAAGGACUACAACUCCCAGUUCAAGCAUUCAGAGAACCACUACUGUUUCCCUGAAGAGGUCUCCACCAAAGCUUCGCACUUAUUCCAAACCUGUUAGGAGAGUCUCACUUUCUAAAACUCCUAAAAAAACACAUUCGGAUACCAAAACAGGACAGAGUAAAAGUUUAAAUUACCUAAGUUGUAGAACAACUCCUGCUAUAGUGCCACCAAAGAAAUUUCGCCAGUGUCCUGAACCAACUUCAACGGUUGAGAAACUUGGUCUGAAAAAGGCUCCUCGUAGGGCAUUUGAGUUGUCCCAGCGAUCUUUGGAGUGUUUAGCUCAGUUACGUGACCAUGGCAAAACUGUUGGAGUAGUUGAUACCCGGAAAAAGACUAAGUUAAUUUCUCCUCAGACUCUCUCUGUCAAAAAUAAUAAGAAACUGCUGACGAGUCAAGACCUUCAGUUGCGAAGGCAGAGGAGACCCAGAUCACAACAAAACAGACAAGGAUGUUUUGAUUAUCAAAGUACAGAUACAGCACGAGCCGGGCCACAUGCAGCACAGAAUUCUGACAAAUUUGUGCCAGAAUCAGAUACAUCAGAUUAUAGUUAUAAAAGAGGAGCUGAGGUAACUGCUAAAAGUAAGGAAAAACAGUUAAUAAAAUGUGUGUCUUCUGAAACAGAACCCACGAAAGCAAAAUAUGUUUCUCAGGUAGCUGAUGACACUUGUCUUUUGAACCAGUGUAAUUCUGUAGUGUUAAAUGGAGAAAUACCAACAAAUGAAAUAGUUGUUUCUACCUCAGGGGACCCUUUAGGUGGAGGUGACCUAACAGUACAUCAUUUAGAUGUGGCAGCUUUGAAAGAGGGAGAGCCUGAAUCCAGCAGUGACAUAGAGGAAGAUAAUAUAUUUUUAACACAAUGUGAUCCUGAAGAUAUGGAUUUAUGUUCACAAAUGGAGAAAGAGAAUGAUAAACUCAUUGAAGUAGUUCAUGGAAAAGAUACAGUCCAGGUAGAAGAAGAUUCUGUGAGUCGGCCUCAGUUGGAAUCUUUGAGUAGCACAAAAUGUAAGUACAAAGAUUGUGUUGAAACACUGAAAAACCAGGGUGAAUACUGUUCAAAACACUCUGAAGCUAAAGCAGCAGAUGAAGAUAUAUUUCGUAAACCUGGCUUGCCUCUCUCUGCAUCUAAACCUUCGAGACCUUCCACUGCUAAGAUUUUUAGCUCCAGUAGUACUUCACGAAUUGCUGGUCUUUCCAAGUCUUUGGAAAAUACGUCAGCGCUCCUACCAACUCUGAAAAAUAAGUCAAGUGGGGUACAAUCUGUUUUGAAAGUACCACAGCCAGCCUCUCUGGUGUCUCAGAAGCCAGUGGCUGAAGUGAAGGGUUUGUGCAACGUUCUCCGUUCUCAUACUCCAAAUAAUUCCAACAGGCAAGGCUACGAAGUUCCAUUUGGUGAAAACAGAUCUUUCUUGGCUACUUCUCCAGUAAACAUUCUCUGGUCAGCACAGUCCAUCUCUGACACCUUCGUUGAAGAGAUCUUAAAAUGGAAAUACGAAAUGUUUGUGAACUUUGAUCAUUGCGGACCCCCGUCAACUCUUUGUCAGUCCAUCGCAAGACAUGUGCCUGUGAGAUUUCAAGAUUGUGGAGAUUAUUUUAGUGUGUUUUUCCCUUUGAUGGUACUGAAUACUUUUGAAACAGUGGCACAGGAAUGGACCAGCUCUCCAAACAAAGAGAAAUUCCAUCAGUUGCAUUUACGAAAAUUUCCUGCUGAGUAUAAAAAAUACUGGGAGUUUGUGGUUUAUCUUGACGAAUGUGAACUAGCUAAACAGCUUCAUCCAAAGGAAAAUGAUUUGGUGUUUUUGGUUCCUGAAAGACUAAAUGGAGAGAAGAAGGAUAUAGAGAGACAUCGCAUGCAAGAUCCCCAUGAAUAUUAUUGUGGUUAUGUCCAUAAAUUCCGCCGCACUUCAGUCAUGCGUAAUGGGAAAUCGGAGUGUUCCCUUUCCAUCCAGACGCAACAUAAUUUACCAGUCAAUUUAAAUGAAUUCGUGAAAUGUCUUGUAAUCAGCUCUCUGGUGACUACACAAAGGAAGUUGAAAGCCAUGUCUUUGCUGAGUGGUCGGAGCCAACUGGCCAGAGCCGUUCUGAAUCCAAACCCCAUGGACUUCUGUACAAAAGAUUUACUAACUACAGCAUCUGAGAGAAUUAUUGCCUACCUAAAAGAUUUCAAUGAAGACCAAAAGAAAGCGAUAGAAACUGCAUAUGCCAUGGUGAAACACUCCCCAGCAGUUGCCAAGAUCUGUCUGAUUCAUGGACCACCCGGGACAGGAAAAUCAAAAACCAUUGUGGGCCUCCUGUACCGCCUACUGACAGAGAGGAGGGGGCAUUCAGAUGAGAACUCCAAUGCCAAAAUCAAACAAAACCGUGUCCUUGUGUGUGCACCUUCCAAUGCAGCUGUUGAUGAACUUAUGAAAAAAAUCAUCCUUGAAUUCAAAGAGAAGUGUAAAGACAAGAAGAAUCCUUUGGGAAACUGUGGAGAUAUAAAUUUAGUACGUCUAGGUCCAGAAAAGUCUAUUAAUACUGAGGUCCUAAAAUUCAGUUUGGACAGCCAAGUUAACCACAGAAUGAAAAAAGACUUACCUUCUCAUAUUCAGGAGAUGCAUAGAAGAAAGGAAUUUCUGGAUCAUCAACUAGAUGAACUUUCCCGCCAGCGUGCUUUAUGCCGAGGUGGAAGGGAACUACAGAGGCAAAAAUUAGAUGAAAAAAUUGCCAAAGUUUCAAAAGAAAGGCAGGAGCUUGCUUCUAAAAUUAAAGAGGUUCAAGGACGCCCACAAAAGACACAGAACAUCAUCAUCUUAGAGUCCCACAUCAUCUGCUGCACACUGAGCACGAGUGGUGGUUUGCUGCUCGAGGCUGCUUUCCGUGGGCAAGGGGGUGUCCCCUUUAGUUGCGUCAUUGUUGAUGAGGCCGGGCAGUCUUGUGAAGUUGAAACUCUUACUCCGCUCAUCCAUCGCUGCAGCAAGCUCAUCCUCGUAGGGGACCCUAAGCAGCUCCCUCCCACGGUCAUCUCUGUGAAGGCCCAGGAUUAUGGCUAUGACCAGUCGAUGAUGGCCCGCUUCUACAAACUUCUGGAAGAGAACGUGGAGCACAACGUGAUUGGCAGGCUGCCUGUCUUACAGCUCACCAUUCAGUACAGGAUGCACCCAGACAUAUGUCUCUUCCCUUCUAAUUACGUUUAUAACAGGAGCUUGAAAACAAAUAGAUUGACAGAGACUAUUCGGUGUUCAUCUGAAUGGCCAUUUCAGCCCUACCUCGUGUUUGAUGUUGGAGAUGGUUCAGAAAAGCGGGAUAAUGACUCAUAUGUAAAUGUUCAAGAAAUAAAACUGGUAAUGGAAAUAAUUAAACUUAUAAAAGACAAAAGAAAGGAUGUUACUUUCCGAAACAUUGGCAUAAUAACCCAUUACAAGGCUCAGAAGAUGAUGAUUCAGAAGGAUUUGGACAAAGAGUUUGAUGGAAAAGGGCCAGCAGAAGUAGAUACCGUGGAUGCCUUCCAGGGUCGUCAGAAAGAUUGUGUUAUUGUUACAUGUGUCAGAGCAAAUGCCAUGCAAGGCUCAAUUGGGUUUCUGGCAAGUUUGCAGAGAUUGAAUGUCACCAUCACACGAGCCAAGUACAGCCUCUUCAUCCUGGGACAUUUGAGGACCCUGAUGGAAAACCAGCACUGGAAUCACCUGAUUCAGGACGCACAGAAGCGUGGUGCCAUCAUUAAGACUUGGGGCAAAAACUACAGGCGCGACGCGGUGAAGAUCCUGAAACUCAAACCCGUGCUGCAGAGAGGUCUGGCUCACCCUCCUGCUGUCACCCCAGAGGCGUCCACACCCCAGGGCGGAGUGCCCAGCAACCAGCUAGACAGUGCAUUUGCCAAGAUGUCCUUUGCUUCUUCCCCGUACCCCUCACCCUCUGACUCCAAAGAAGCCACUGUCACUGUUACUGCAAAGGACCCUGAAAGGCCACCCAUUCAGGACCGGCUUCGGGACCCACGACUGCUUAGGAGGAUGGGCUUGGGCUGUGAAGCCAAAGGGAAAUGCCUCAGUGAGCUGCAGCCCUCGAGCCCCCAGUAUCCCGGAGCAACGCCUCCCUUGGGAGAGCCAGGCUUCCCCGGAAGUCACCAGGAUCCGACCAGUAUCGGGCAGCAGCCCCCCGCCAAGGGAGCUGCUGUGAACAACCACAGACCUCACGCGCAGUGCGACGCUCCAGCUGCUAGUACCAAUGCUUCCACGAGUAAACGUGCCCAGGAAGGGGGGGCACUCAGCCACAGGAGGGAGACCAGGGCCUUCACUGAGGGGGAUCAGGAGAGGCGUGGCUCUCUGAGCCACCACACGAAGAGGAACUCAGGCUGGGACGAGAGGGGACUGGAGGAGGAGGACAGUAGCUUAAAGAAGAGGAGGCUUUUAUAGUGGAGCCAAAUGAGACUGUCAGCCACAGCGUUACUGCAGACUUCGGAUGACCAGCUAGUAGGACUGUCCAGAUAAGAUUACUUUUUUCCUUAAAGGAGUUUGUGUGCUGUUGGAAAACAGAAAAUGUAUCCUAACACAUGGGCCUCUUGGUCAUCUUCAGUACUUUUUGUCAGUUGCAAAAGCUUUCAGAAGGCAUUUGUGUAUCAGUAAUAAUGUCCUCAUAGUCGAAGACUUAAAAUGUUGAUCUCUUGUUCUUCUGUAGAAAAGGUCAGACUGGAGAGGAUGCUGUAAAAGUUGGAAUGUAUAUUUGUAUAGCAAAUAACAGAAUCCUUUUAAAAUUUAAUCUGGUAGACAGCUUUUCUUUCCCCUGCUUAAAAUGUUAAUCAUUUUCAACGGAACAAACCUUACAUUUAAAAAAAACAAAAGGUGGGAGGAGGGCAGGUCCUUUCAAAGAUUGUUGUAGCAAACAGACGUCUUUAACAGCCAAGGCGGCCUGAGAGAAGCGAGUCAGUGCAUUGGGUCAGAUGCCUCUCGUCCUGUUAAACCAACUGGAGUGUCCUGGGCAAGACCCUGGGAAGCAAAGCUCUGUUAGGUGAAGUUCCACUCAUGCACCUUUUUAGACGAGGCACCUUGGCACAGGAUAUUACAUUUCUGUGACGAGUUCGUCUGCCUAUUGUAGCGAGCACAUAGUUCUCUAGCUAAAAUUCUCAUUCUUCGUGAGAUGCAAGAAUGUGAAAUGAAAGAAUAAUUCUUGAAAUGUCAUUCAGAUGCCCCCAGCAUAUUGUGAAUUUCCUGCAACUGGUGGGUUACAAAUCCAGUGGUUGCCAAGUAUUAGAUCAGUGCUGGGGUGGCUUGUGGAAGCCUGUAGAUCGCCAAGAGAAUCCAACUCAUGAAAAGCUGGAUGUUUAGCAUCUUCCCAAGGGAUUCUGGUCACCGGGCAGCUUGGGAACCAGAUAGGGCAGACCAGAUACAAUAUUUUAGGCAGGAGAGAAACAUGCUCUAAAAAGAGAAAGACAGGAGAGGAGUGCAAAUACUUGGAGUUGAGAACAGGAAGAGAGUUGACAGAUUUCCUAUGAUCUUUGGAAACCAUCGUAAGUGACGCAAAUACACCGCUGUAGUGGAAGAUCUGGUUAGAGAGGUUGUGCUUCUGUGAAAGGAAGUGGCCACGGUGGGCGGAGAUUUGAGAGACUUGGAUGAGGGCAGGGCUGCCUAAUUUCAAAGUCCAGUUUUCCAAGCGCACACACACUGAUGUUGAGGUAUCACAGACUGAGAAUCUGUGUUAGUAACAGUUGACCAUUGUUUGAACUAGCCGUUUGUAGUGAAUGCUGUGCAGCCCUAGCUAGUUUGGGGGAGAAAGCAGGCAUUCCUGAAGAUGAAUGUGCACCAUUUGAAACUUUUUCGGUCAUCUGCUUUUUAAGCAAAGAGGGCUUUGUGUUCAUCAGGAAUUCUACUGAAGCAGGUUAUUAAGAGCUUUAAAAAAAAUGUUUGGUUGCCAAAGGUUUAAACAUGCUACUUCUUUGUUACCCUUGUCCCUCCCACUGGUGUCCAGACCUCUGCUGAUGGGAUUGAACACUCCUGUCACUCGGGGAGCACGUGCUCUGUCCCCACAGUCAACCGCUGCUCCCCGUUCACGGAGGCGGGCUGAGCCCCGCUCUGGGUCAGGGGCUUCGUAAGCUUCCUGGCUGGCCUUUGGCAAGAAAGCUCAUUGUUUCUUUAAGUUUACUUUCCUGCUAUCUUGGUAAAAUGCUUCAUUUAGCAGACACUUGUAGUGACAAUUUAGAGAAUCUAAAACCUGUAAGCUUAUAGAAGAGGCAUGCUGGAAAGAGCUGGGGUCAGGAACUUCUCCCACUCCGCUCACACAACACGUGAAGUAAGUAAGUGCUCCCCACCGUACGUACUUUGCUGCCGCACCUGAACAAUGUUAUUUCCUGUUAAGUUUGGUGCCUGUUCUCACACGUGUUCACUUUUGGUUCACCUUCCACCUAGUCUGGUAACGCGAGAAUUAGUGCACCAUCCCUUGUAAUGAGCAAGCCUGUGUCCUGACAGCCUCUCCCAGCAGGAAACAGUCAUACCUGACAUUGCUUUGGAAUCGAUUUGUGGUUCCAGUUGGUGUAUGUAUUUGCAUUAAGCAUUUCAUAUGUACAGUGUGGCCUUUCUUGAUGUGGCUGUCAUAGCAGUGUUGUUGAUUGGUGGUCAACCUUAUUGCAGGUGAAAAAUACGGCUGUUAGUUUUCGUCCUUGCCAUGGCGUUACAAGAAAGUGGCCUUGUCUUCUUUCAAUCUUAGUUCUUUCAACAUGAAUAUAUUCUACUUAAAAAUUUGUUUUGCUUCUUUGUAUAUAAUUUGCCUUGGACUUACUGUGCAGUUUAUUUAGUUCCGUGUUUUCAUGUAUUAUCAGGAGCAAAUUUGAUAAGUACAUGUGAAUAACCUCCUGUAAAUGAGUUUCAUAACAAAAUUGUACUAAACUGUUUUCUAAA